CGGGCCUGGCGGGGCUUGGCGCCGGGAGCCGGGUGAGCCGGGAGCCGGACGGCGCCGCGGGGCUCGGGAGCUUUCCUGUGGCCCCUUCAGACUGCUGAAAGGCUGCUGUAUAUUCUCAGCUCGGCCACUGGCAUCUUGAGGACUUCCUGCUGCAGAUCUGGCUUGGGCAGUUAUUUCUCUGUCCCUCUUCCAGUAACACUGAGUUCUCCGUGCAGUUAACAGAGGGACAUGGCUGUGAGAGCUUGUGGCUUGAUCAUCUACAGGAGGCUGCAGUCAGCACCAGCUUCUAAGGUCACUGACAACAUUGAAUACCUCCUCCUUCAGACAUCCUAUGGGACCCAUCACUGGACCCCUCCCAAAGGCCAUGUGGACCCAGGAGAGGAUGACCUGCAAACAGCCUUCCGGGAAACCCAGGAAGAGGCUGGUCUUCAAGCCAGUCAGCUCACCCUCAUAGAGGGCUACAGGAAAGAACUGCACUAUCCUGUCCGUGGGAAACCUAAGACUGUCAUCUACUGGCUGGCAGAAAUUAAGGACUGUAACACAGAAAUCAAGCUCUCAGAGGAGCACCAAGCUUUCCAGUGGCUGAAGCUGGAGGAUGCUUGCAAAUUUGCAGAAUAUGAAGACAUGCAAGCUACACUGAAGGAAGUGCAUCAGUUUCUCAGCUCCAAAGAAUAAAUGAUUUUGUGAAGGAUAGGGGGAAUUUUUGAAGAAGCAAUUCAAAUCAUGAAGUAGUAGUUCUGUUCCCAGCUUCUCCGCUGAUUAUUGCUGUGAUUAUUUGUCAAAUCAUUUCAGAUAUUGUUUGUUUGUAUUGUGAAUUUAUGUGCAUCACUGAUGUACUGCAAUGAAAACAUUUUCCAUCCAGAGAGUCUUAGUGAACAGUUGAGGUAGGGUAUUUAAAUGGUAAACUUGAAGUUCUUCUUUUGCCUCUUUCUUCUCACUCUUUAAUAAACACCUUGGCCAUCCAUUGUCUGGGGGCCUUGGAAAGGGAAAUCUCUCUGCCUAAUACAGCAUUUUCUGCAGGUAAUGUGCAAUCUUGUGUCCCUUUGAGAGCAGCUGUGUUUCUGUGGCUGCAGCCUGCCCCUGUGCAUGAGCAGCGGGGCCGUGUGCACUGUUGGUGCUGUGCUAUAGAUACUCAGGCUGGAUGGUUGCAGCAUCCUGUGGUGGUACCAGAGAGGUUGCCCUGCCUCACCUUUCCUUUGGACCUCUCUUUUGUCGUUGACGGUGGUGGGAGCAGAGAUUGUCAGCACUCUCAUGUUCCGUUGCUCAUAAUGGUUCAUAAGCUUUUGGAUGUUUCAGUACAUAAAUACCAGAAAAGCAUGAUGGCAUUGUUAACAUUUUUAGGUGAGGAAUGAGGUUUUCUGAAUCCCAGGGAGCUCUGGGGGGGAGAAAGUGUCUCUUCUUCCCUGUGUCUUCUGUAGCCUUUGCUGCUUAGGCACUUGGACUUUGCAGAGCAAAGACAUAUAUGAGAAAGUGGAUUGUUCUUCCACUUUGUCUUACUCCUUGCUGCAGGAGUGAAACAAGGGUGAUCAGCACCACAUCAGACCUGGAGGAGACCUGCCAUCCCAGAGAUGCAGCGUAACUGGGCUGAGAAAUACGGGCUGCAGUUUAGUAUUAGUUACUUAUCCUUUGGUGCAGCAGACAUUAAUAAUGUUUGUACAACUGUGUCUUGCUCACCACUCUCUUAUCUUCCUGCUUUAUAGAAGCCUGUUUUGUGUAUGUAUAUAUACACACACAGACAAAAAGGAAUGCACUAAAAAGGGGCUUUUAAUAUGUGUAUGUAUGCACACAAACAAUUUCAGGGCACCGCUUUGCAGUCAGGUUUUAUUUGGAUUAUGAGCCCUGUUUAAAAGCAUUGCAUUCAGCUGAUGGCAGAUCACUUUCAGUGUUUCUCAGCAGAGGGAAAGUGUCUCCCACUGUCCCCUGGUCCAGACCCAAGGCAGAAUUGGCUAUUUUGGAGUCUUUCUGGUGGAGAUUUGGCUGAUGUGCUUCUUAAGACCUCUAAUGAUGAACACUCACACCUUCAGCUCCUCUGUCCACACCUUGGAAAAUUUGGUGUCUAGUAUCUAAUGUAGGUAAACCGGUUAGAAAUAACUAAAAGAUAACAAGCAGUGGAAGAAAGGGAGAGAAAACAGCUAAAAGCCUGUGCAGCUUCACAGUCUUAUUUUUUCAUUAUUGUUUGAGCUACCAUUUAAUCAGUGCUAUGUGUGUAAACAACAGUGUUACUCCCUUUGUGUUUAUGAGCAAGAUUAGUAUAUUAAGUAGGAGUUACAGAGAGUCAUUAACAAGUCAUCUCUGCCCGUUCAGCGAUAAUGAACACGAGCACUUGCUGCUUCGGAAAGCACAACAUUGGCUGAACUCCAAGUAAGUGUUUGUGUUUUAAUGGCACUGCACACAUUGUGGUCCUAAAGUGUGUCAAGGUUUUGGAGGGUAGCAAGUGCUGUGCUCUGUAAGGGGAUGUGCUCCUUGGACAACAUCUCAAAGGCAGGCCUAUUCAUUGUGGUAAGAAAAGGUAGAAGGGAUGUUAACUGUGGUAAUUGGUGAGGCACUCUGAGUGCAUUUAUGUACAGAAUGUAUUCCCACGGAUUUUUUUGUGUAAAGUGAUGCAUACGCGUUUGGAAACUUGGCCCAAAAGUCCACGGACUUGUUUUAAAUUGGAAACAUUGGAAGUCAGAAUUUAAUUCGGGCUGUGUUGUUAGUGUUCACUGUUGAUUGGUGAGGAAAGAGUUCUUCCCUGGCCCAUCUCAAGUAGUAAAAUAUUUUCCCAAAGAGCAUGUGGGAAACUCUCCAGUAAAUAAUUAUAGAAUAAUCUGUCUGGGGAAGACUUUUUUUUCCAGACUCUAUGAUUUUUAUGCCCCUAACCAAUAAGAUUUGUAUUUUGUUUUUGAGACCAGCUAAGUUCUUGGUUGUAGUAGUAUCUCAAGGAGUUAACUUUUUACCAGGUUGUAGAUCUAUGUUUGAAAAUAAAAAUCAGAGAAUUAAAA